AUGGUUAAAGAGACAAAACUUUAUGAUUUAUUAGGGGUUUCCCCUUCAGCUUCUGAAGCGGAACUCAAAAAGGCGUACAGAAAAACUGCGUUGAAGUAUCACCCAGAUAAGCCAACUGGUGAUACUGAGAAGUUUAAGGAAAUUUCUGAAGCGUUCGACAUCUUGUCAGAUGCCGAUAAGAGACAGGUAUAUGACGACUAUGGAAUAGAAGCAGCCAGAGGAAAUGCUCCUGCUGGCGGGAAUCCAUUUGCUGGAGCUGGUGGUGCCGGCGGUGCUGGUGGUGGACCAGGAGGUUUCCACUUUUCAUCUGGUGGAGGAGGUGCUGGCGGGUUCUCGCAAGCAGACGCUUUCAACAUUUUCAGUCAAAUGGGUGGCUUCGGCAUGGGAGGAGGUGAUGAUUUCGGAGGAUUUGGAGGAUCCAGUCGUGGUGGAUUUGGAGGAGGUAUGCCAGGUGGAUUUGGAGGAGGAAUGCCAGGUGGUAUGGGAGGAGGUCGUCAGAGUAGGCCCGAACCAGAUACUGUUGAAAUGGCGCUACCAGUUUCCUUAGAAGAUCUUUUCAAGGGAGCCACUAAAAAGAUGAAGAUCAAUAGAAAGGGUAUAUCAGGAAAUAAGGAACAACAGAUUAUUGAAAUAACAAUCAAACCAGGUUGGAAAGCUGGUACCAAGGUCAACUUUGCCGGCACUGGAGAUUAUCAAGCGGAAUGUCAAGCUAGACAAACCAUCAAAUUCAUCAUUGAAGAAAAACCAGACCCAAGAUUCAAGAGAGACGGAAACAAUUUAAUUAUGAAUGUGCCAUUGACUUUCAAGGAGUCGCUCUGUGGAUUUGAAAAGGAAGUUACCACUAUCGAUGGUAAGAGAAUCAACUUACACAGAUCCAACCCAGUCCAACCAAACACCUCCACCACCUAUCCAGGGUUAGGUAUGCCAAUCAGCAAGAGCCCUGGAUCUAGGGGAGAUUUGGAAAUUAUUUUCAAGGUAGACUAUCCUCUUUCAUUAACACCUGAUCAAAAGAAGGCUAUUCUCGAUAACUUUUAA